UGGAGUGUUCAUGGAUGUUGGUAUUACGGGAACAACAGAAAUUAGCAACAACAACAAAGGACCUCGUUUUCUUGCUUACACGUUUAAGCCUAUUUAUGAUGUAGUUUCUCUUUGGGCUGGACUUUUGUGUUACGUAUUUUACGAAUGAGGUUUUGGCAGCAUUGUUUUUGCAGUUCUCUGUUUUACUUUGGCGGUAAAGUAUGGUGUGUUAUGUAAAUUUUUAACCAUACUGAAAAGUUGGAGGAAAAUGCAGGCUUUUUUAAAAACCGGAAAACUAAGUGGAGGUCAGGGAAGUUCAUCAAGCAGGAAGGAAAAAUUAGGUUCAACAGGAGUGUCGAAGAAGAAACCAUCACUUACCCCAUGGGUUGAAAAAUAUCGUCCUCGGACAGUGAACGAUGUUGUAGAACAGAACGAUGUUGUGGAAGUAAUGAGACAAUGUUUGAAUGGUGCUGACUUGCCAAAUCUUCUGUUUUAUGGUCCUCCAGGCACUGGUAAAACAAGCACAAUUUUGGCUGCUGCUAGACAACUUUUUGGUGAUAUUUAUAAAGAUAGGAUUUUGGAGCUUAACGCAUCAGAUGAACGAGGUAUUCAGGUAAUCCGUGAAAAGGUGAAGAAUUUUGCUCAGUUUUCAGCAAGCGGCGUUCGCCUUGAUGGGAGGCCAUGCCCACCAUUUAAGAUUGUGAUUCUGGAUGAGGCAGAUUCGAUGACACAAGCAGCACAGGCUGCACUGCGUCGAACAAUGGAAAGAGAAACUAAAACAACGCGGUUCUGCUUGGUCUGCAACUAUGUCAGUCGUAUCAUCCCUCCUAUCACUUCCCGAUGCAGCAAGUUCCGCUUUAAACCACUUGGGAAUGAGCUGAUUUCAGAGCGACUUCAGUUGAUCUGUUCGGAGGAGAAGGUAUCAUGCAGUGAAGAUGCUAUGAAGUGUUUAGUGGAGACGUCUGGAGGUGAUCUACGUCGGGCUAUCACCUGCCUUCAGUCCUGUAGUCGUCUCAAGGGCUCCGGUAGUGAGAUAUGUGCAGAGGACGUGCAGGAAGUGGCUGGGGUCGUGCCUCUGGAAUGGGUGAAUCGUGUGCUGGAAGUCUGUCGUCUUAACAGCUAUGAGAUGUUGACAGAUUUUGUGGAUAAGCUGAUGGAGGAAGGGUACUGUGCUGGUCAGCUCAUAGAGCAGCUACAUGAAGUGAUUGUAUUCGACAACGACCUUACAGAUGAACAGAAGGCUUUCAUCUGUGACAAACUGGGGGUCUGUAGCUUCCGGAUGCAGGAUGGAGGAAAUGAAUAUAUCGGUUUGCUAGAUUUGGGCUGUACAAUCAUCAAAACAUUGAAGAUGUAAACGCCAGUCAGACCGGAAUGUUGUCCAGUGCUUGGUGUAAAACUCACAUGUGACUAAAAUGUGGUUAAAGAGUAAGUGGGUUUGUGUUAGUCCUGGAAUUUUAAUUGUUUUUCAUGUGUAAUGAUUUGGAUUGGUGUAAUUUUCUCGCAGUCGUGUAGUACGUAAGCUGUAGCUUAGCUUUUGUGUAUUGCCUCGGAAUAAUUUGUCAUGUUUCAUUGGUUGUUGACUUAUUAAUUAUAUGAAUACACUGUUGACUGCUUCCAUGCAGUGUGUGAGUAAAAAAAUAUUUUCUACAGAUAAAAGUAAAUGUUUCCUAAUGUUGUUUUUGGAGACGUAAUUUCACGUCCUGUGAUACACGAGUUUCUCGUCGGAAGAUUUACUUGCACAUUUUUACAAGUAUUGGUGCUGUUCUGAUUUUAUUCUUUUCAAGAAGCGAGUGUAUGAAACGACCGUUAGUUAUGAUGCUGGCUGUGGUCCAUACACUGUUAAUUGAAUUUGAGGUCCUCAUGACAGUGACAUUGUGUGGACUUGUAGAUAAUAUAUUAAUUUUAGAUGAACAUACUUCCUUAAUCUUCAGCACUUCAGCUAUAAAAAUGGAGUUGGUAUGUUCCUCCAAAAGAUUUUUUUUAAAAAAGUCUACACAGCGUUACUACCCAGAGGACCAACAUCAACAGUUACUUGAAAUUCACACAUGCCUUAUAGCCUUUUCAGUGAACUAUUUUGAAGUGGAAUUUUGAUUUGGAGGAUUUUAAAAAAAAAAAUAACUGUAAAGGGUGUUUUUUUCUGUGCCUAAGCACCAUGCCAUUCUAGUGUGUGUGUGUGAAUGGAGGUAAGGCUCAACUUAUUAUUAGUAGGAGGUGAUUGGUGCGGAAUGUCUUAUAGACAUUCUUUUCGUACUUGAGGACAUCCUCAGAUUUAUGCCUUGGUAGUGAAAGGAAUUUUAAGUGCAAGAUUAGAGAGGUUAUUUGGCACAUGUAAGUCUGCAUAGCUUUAGAUUCAGGCAAUGAUUGUUACCGCCUUGUAAUGUAUUCCUCAAAUACCAGCACCCCCCUCAUUGUGAAAGUGUACAUGGGUAUAUUCCAGAAGAAUGUUCAUGUGAUAUUCAGAUGUGUUGUAACAAUGUCAGCAUAUAUGUACCAUCUGUAAGACAAUUUUAUAAAGAAUACCUUAAUGGAAUUACAAAUUCUAUGUAAGAUUUGAGGUUUUUGCAGCAGUAUGAGUUUAGUCUUGUUCGAUGGGAUUUUGGACUUUGUCCAUCGUCUGAUGUAAAAUUACACAACUUUGUCCAUCAGACAAUGGACAAAGUUCAGAAACCCAUCAAUCCAGACUGUGUUCUACCAUCAUCAUAGCCUUUCAAAAUAGUAAGAGUUUAGAUGCAGUCUUCUGGGCCAUCAUAUCCUGCUAAAUGUCAAGAGUAACCUGUGCAAGAAAUCAGUGCAUGGACAUGAUCAUCAUUAUCAUCAGCAGAGGAUAAAUUCUCCCUGAGCAGGUUAUGGAAGAAUCUUUUUCAAAUCUUUAUAUGAUGAAAUCAGGUUCUCUCAGCACAAGAUGCAUGUUUUUGCUUCAUUUAACCUUUUUAUUACUCCUAUUGGCCUAGAAUACCCCCAUUACUCCUAUUGGUCUAUCUUCCUGAUCUGAUCCUCCACCCAAACAGUCAUAACCCAAUAACUUGUUGACUUGUCAUUUCAACACUUCAGGUGCUGGAAACUGUGACAUAUUUUUUCAGUUGAAGGUUUUAAAACAUAGUUUGGAGUUAUUUCAAAUUCAUUUGUUUCAAGGGAAGUUGUACUUGUGAUUUGUGUAAUUUGAAGAGAAUAAAAGUGAUGCUACAUUUA